AUGGUAUUGCGAGGACCCAACGGAGCUACUGUCAAUGCUGUCAAUGGCAAGCCGGGUGUGACACGUACAUUACGAGUACCUGCUGUCACCAGUUUUCGGCAACUGACCGAUGUCCUCAACACUGCCUUUGGAUGGAUAGGGGAUGGGGAGUGGGACUAUCUGAUUGCCACCAAUGCUGGCAAGUGGUCAAAUGUCGAGCCACCACCAUGGCAGUUCAUCGCUAGGGUCCUGAAGAUUGUGACACGGCGGACUGCAGAAUAUGCUGUGCCAGAUGAAGAAGAAGCCCACAUUCGAGCAAGGGAGAUUAGACUCUUUGAUGUCUGGGGCCGUCACCAGCCACGGCAAUGCCAGAACCUCCAGGUCUGGUAUAACUAUCAUUCUGAAAUUGAAUGGGCACACCAGAUUUCUUUCCUUGGUGAAGCCAAUGAUAGACUUUUCGAAGCAUCAAGAAUGGAGGAGGAUCGAGAAUAUUGGUGCAUCGCUGGUGAAGGACAUGCACACCCUGAAGAUCAUCCUGGCAAUCUCGACAAAUGGCGAAAGAAGACCAACCUUUGGGCUUGGGACAUGGCGAAGAUCAACAAAGAAUUGGCCGAAUUGGAGGAGAGCUCCUUGCAUAGAUAG